AAAUGUUUAAGUAGUUCUGAACAACAGACAGGAUUAGAAGGAUUAUAGAAAAGGUUACUUCUUAAUAUGAGUCAUUUUAAAAGAGUGAACUCAUCAUCCACUGAAGUAGUUUCCACUCAAUCUGUAAAAUAUAUAAAGUGGGCACAGAUGGAGAACAUAUUAAUUUACAACUGGAAAAGCUUUCUUAAAAUUUGAAAACUGCUUAACUUCUAUGCAAGCAUUAAGUAACUAAGAAUGUGUAUCUCAGCAUACAUGUUAAUUCUCUCUCUCUCUCUUUUUUCUCAAGGUUUUCUACUCUCAGUUUCAAAAUCUCUGCAAAAGGUAGAAGAUGAAGAUAUGCUGCUAACCGCAUUAAAUCUAGGAAAAACUCUUCAAUAUGGAGCUAGAACUGCAAACAGAGGAGCUAUACCUUUGCUGAAGCAUUAUGAGACUGAAGACAGCGGUGUUUUGGACAAAGAUGAUGACAGAAAAAUAAAGUUUUUGGACACAGGUUCCAGACAUGAUUUCUUAAAUCAUGUUAUGCCAACCAACUUAGGUAGAAAGCAGCUACCUUAUCUUGCACUGAAGGGAGCCAUGGCUUUUCCAGCUGACACUGAAAUUCAAAAUAUUGACUCAAUACAGGAAAGAGAGACUGCAGAUGAAGAAAAUUCAGCUAAAUUCCCUAUAGGAAGAAGAGAUUUUGACAUGCUCAGGUGUAUGCUGGGAAGAGUCUAUCGACCUUGUUGGCAAGUCUGAAAACUACUGAUCCACACCACCUUCUUUGAAGAUUAAAGAUUUUACUAUGAAUUUAAUGUAAUUUGAAGUUACUGUGUUUUAGUGUGGCUAUACACAUGCAUACAAAAAUACUUUCCCAUCGCUUUGUAGAGGGAAACAUAAUUCAUUAGCAAAAAAGAACAUUGCUGUAAUUACUAACAAUGUAUUGUUAUAAAAAAAAUAAAAGACUUCUGCAU